AUGGGGAGGGCAGCUCCAGCCCUCCUGGUACUGCUCAGUCUGACAACGACUAUUUGUGAUGCUGAGGACACCUGCUCAGAGGUGAGAAUAGUGGGACUGGGUGAUGCUGACCGACUCGCCAUUCUCCAAGGAUGCCCAGGUAUCCCAGGUGUGUCUGGCCCAAAAGGAGAACCAGGUCUCCCAGGAAAAAAAGGAGAAAUGGGAGAUCAGGGAUUCCCCGGGAAAGCAGGACCACCUGGUGCAAAAGGAACAGCUGGAGAGCCUGGCUUCCCAGGACUGAAAGGAACAAAAGGAGAGCCUGGAUUUCCAGAAAUAUGGGAACCCAGGAAUUGCAAAGAACUGUUGGGCAAAGGGAAGAUCUUGAGUGGCUGGUACACCAUCUACCCCCAAGGCUGCAAUGCCACAGUUGUCUUCUGCGACAUGGACACAGAUGGUGGGGGAUGGAUUGUUUUCCAAAGGCGCUGGGACGGGUCAGUGAAAUUCUUACGAGACUGGGAUUCGUACAAACGAGGCUUUGGCAAUCAGCUGACAGAGUUCUGGAUGGGGAAUGACAACAUCCACUUCCUCACCUCGCUGGGACCCUGUGAACUCCGCGUUGACCUGAGAGACUUUGAGAACAACUACUAUUUUGCCAAGUACGCUUCGUUCAGAGUUUUGGGAGAGUCUGAGAAAUACAGACUAGUUCUAGGGGACUUCCUUGGUGGAAAUGCCGGAGACUCUUUAUCUUACCACAGGGACAUGCCAUUUUCAACAACAGAUCAGGACAAUGACAUGAGCUCCUUUAACUGUGCCACAGAAUACAAAGGAGCGUGGUGGUACAAUGACUGUCAUUACUCAAACCUGAAUGGGAUGUACUGGAUGGGUGUGCAUGGGAGCUACGCUGAUGGUAUCAACUGGAAGACGGGCAAAGAAUACCACUACUCCUACAAGCGAACAGAAAUGAAAUUCAGGCCAGUCUAA